AUGUCGGACACAAAGGCACCAUUUACAGUACGUAUUCGUAAAUUAUUAACAAAUCCUUUGUUACAACGUAAACAAAUGUAUGUAGAUAUAUUACAUUUAGGUCGUGCAAAUGUAAGUCGUAAAGAAUUACAGCAAAGAUUAAUGCAACAAUUUAAGGUACAGGAUCCUAGAUGUAUUAUAUUAGGUAAUUUAUCUACAGCAUUUGGUGGAGGAAGGAGCAGAGGACAGGCAUGGAUAUAUGAUGACUUUAAGGCUGCACAAAGAUUUGAGCAUCGCUAUCGUCUUGUUAGGAUGGGAGUCGCAGAGGCUCAGCCUAAGAAAGGAAGGAGAGCAACUAAGGAGCUUAAGAAUAGAAGAAAGAAGGUGCGCGGCACAGAGAAGGCGAAGACACAAGCAGCAAAACAAAAGUAA